CCAUCCGCACGCGAGCUCGCCUGUGUCGCUGUCGUUCUGCGGCAGGUUGCUUGUGUCGCUUGGACGAUUUCUCCUCGCGCCGCCGUUGCUGCUGCUCGACGCGCGGAGACACCGCUGACCGCUCUGUCAGCGCCACCCCUUCCGCCAUGUGAGGACACGAGCCGCUUCUCGCCCUCAUCACACCAUGCGCCCAUGUCUCCUCGCACUCCUAUCUCUUGGCUGCUUCGGCUGCCACGGCUCAAACCAGAUCCCGGUGCUCCGACAUCCCCACCACCGCCAUGUGAGCCCAGAACUCUUCCGCGAAUUGGAAGAGCUCUCCCGCAUUGUCGACAUCUCCUACUGUGUUGGCAGCACCAGCUGGGGCAUCUCCAAGCCGUUCAGCUGUCUCUCACGCUGCAGCGACUUUCCUGACUUCGAACUAGUCACGACAUGGAACACUGGAGUUUUGCUGAGUGAUUCCUGCGGCUACAUUGCUCUCGACCACGGCAAGCAGCGCAUUAUUGUUGCCUUUCGAGGUACUUACAGCAUCGCCAAUACUGUCGUCGAUCUCAGCACCGUGCCCCAGAAGUAUGUCCCAUAUCCCGGCGAGGAUGAGGGCGAAGACCCUGCCACGCAAGCACCCAAGGAGCCCAAAUGCGCGAAUUGCACUGUUCACAUGGGCUUCCACACCUCUUGGCUGAACACAAGGAAACAGAUCUUACCAGAGCUCCAGGCUCAGCUUUUCGUGCAUCCCGACUAUCAGCUGACACUGGUCGGACACUCUCUUGGCGGCGCAGUGGCAGCUCUCGCCGGGCUCGACCUGCUCGCUCGAGGCUACAAUCCUAUCGUCACCACCUUUGGUGAGCCCAGAGCGGGCAACGAAGGUCUUGUCAAGUACAUUGACGCACGUUUCGAUCUGGGGCACGGCGCACCCACAGACGACACGAAGUCGAGGUAUCGAAGAGUCACCCAUGUCGACGACCCGGUCCCCCUCCUGCCGCUGACAGAAUGGGGCUAUGCUAUGCAUGCUGGAGAGAUAUACACAUCCAAGUCCGAGUUGUCCCCUGAUAUUGCAGACCUGCAUCACUGUAACGGCGAUAGUGACAGAAACUGUAUCGCCGGACAGGACUCGACCCUACUUGCCUCCGUUGAGGACGAAAUACACGAAACGAUCACCGAACCUUGGGGUAUACCAUCACGCUACAAGUUGUGGCAGCUGUUCUUUGCUCAUCGAGAUUACUUCUGGCGCCUUGGUUUGUGUGUACCAGGGGGCGAUCCACUUGGUGGCGGUGGGAAAUAUGGCGCUGCGCAUAAUGACUUAUGAGCCGCGAGAUUUGAUAUGGCGAACAUAGGUGUGCCCGUGGAAUACGUCGGAGUUUAUUGAUUGACUUUGGCAGCCUAUCUCGAGUCUCCGCUAUGAACAGCACAAAAGUUACUGCAGUCCAUGCUUUAUACGAUUUGGUAGAACGACCGCUGCGGAAAUUCGAUUGUAUCUGCGCUAGUAGUUGCGUAGUGAACAGAAUCAAUUCGGGCAGAAGGGACACUUAGUACCAUUUCGCGUAGAACAACGCGAAGCGUCCUCAGGCGAACAUAGGAGCCGUCAGCCGACGAAGCCCUAGCCCUGAAUGUACUUGCCUAUCGGAACGGAAGUCGGCGUUCAAUUACAAACAGCAAGGGCUGUCGCCUGAAUCGCGAGGUAGAGCACAAGAGUCCAUCACAGGGACCAGAUUGUCGCUUCACUCUUUCAAAUUUCAUGCUGCCUACAACUGUAUGGGUACGAUACGCAACCGAUCAAGAACAAUAAAAUAUCUCUUACCAUCAGAGAUAGCCUUAUAGGCAAAUCCUUGCCACUUGCCUGAUCAUAGACCCUGUUUCUGUUUCUAUUCCCAGAACUCGGG